AUGUUCAAGCUGCGGCUGGGCUGGUAUGCCGGGGUCUCAACAGCCCUGGCCGGCGCCGUCGUGCUGUCGGCAUUCCACCAACGCGCCAACUUCUACUCUGCCAUGGUCUAUCUUGCCCAGAGCAACUUCUGUCUACUGGUUCUGGUCAACUUCACGUUGCUGCUGUAUAGCAGCUUCAUAUACGCCUUGACGCAGCUAUGCUUCGGCACGUUGCGCGCAAUCGAGGUCGAGCAGCUCACCGAGCGAGCAUGGUUCGCCAUCACCGAGACGUGCCUGGCCAUGACCAUCUUCCGCGAGGAGAUUGGCGCCUGGUUCCUCGUCAUGUUCACGGCGCUCGUCACCGGCAAGGUCUGGGGAUGGAUUGGCGAUGGGCGCGUCGAGUUUCUCGAGCAGCAACCUCCUGCGAAUCCGCGCCUGUUUCAUCUGCGGCUCAGCAUCUCCCUUGCCGCCAGCUUCCUCUACGACAUCUGGAUCCUUCGCUAUGCUGUCAACACCGUCAUCCAGCAGGCCAGGCCGAACAUGAUGGUCAUGUUCCUGUUCGAGUUUGCUGUCCUGGCUACCUGUUCCUGGAGAACUGGAGCCCGGUACCUCGUGUCGCUUACGGAGCAGCGCAUCGUCCAAAUGCAGACGAGAACACGCCUGAUGGAGCGGAGGGAAGAGGUCAGGCGACAGCGAGAGGCCCUUAUUUGCCAGCGAGAGCAGGCCGCAGCGGCUGGAGAGCCCGUCCCGGAAACCCAAGACCCUCUGCCCGAUCCCGAUGACAUUGAUGAAAUGGACAUCGAGGUGCCGGGCUGGGCGGCAAAGGGUGAGCUCGUUCUUUGGCUUGACCUAGUCACUGAUAUGGUCAAGCUGGGUAUUUAUGUCUCCUUCUUUAUGAUGCUUCUCAUGUUCUAUGGUCUUCCCAUCCACAUCAUGAGGGACUUGUUCAUGACGACACGGGACUUUCUCAAGAGGCUCAAUGCACUCCUCCGGUACAGACGGGCUAUCCAAGAGAUGAACAAGUAUCCGGAUGCUUCUGAGCGCGAUCUCGCACAAGAGAACACAUGCAUCAUCUGCCGUGAGGAGAUGCACCUGUGGGAUCCCCAGAACAACGUGGGCACCAUCGACCGCGUGCGCCCCAAGAAGCUCCCCUGUGGCCACAUUCUGCACCUUGGAUGCCUCAAGAGCUGGCUGGAACGGCAACAGGUCUGCCCAACCUGCAGGAGGCCAGUCACGGGUGAACGUUCGCAAUCUCCCAAUGCUCGUCGCGCAGCUCUCAGGCUCCAGUUCGGCCAGGCGCCGCGACGGGGGCGGGAUGAACGCGGGAAUGGCAACGACGAUGCAGAUGACGACAAUGACAACAAUGACAACGAUGGCAACAAUGCGCCUCGUGACGGACAGAAUGGCGCAGCGCCAGCGCGUCAAGCUCGGGGGGAUGCAGGACGAGCCCGGGUCUUCACCUUCGGUCCUAUUAGGCUUGGAUUUGGGGCCAAUGACCAGCAAGUCCGUGAACUCGCGCAACAAUUCGGCAUGCCUCAAAUCGCCGGUGAACAGGGACAAGGCUCCUCCUCUACGGCAGCUCCCCAGGAUCAGUCUCAACAGGUCCCCUCUGGCGACAGCUACCAGCAGAUUGGGAACCUCCUGCAGCAGGCGGAGCAGAUGCUGCAACGCGAACUGCAGAACCUACAAAACACGCAACAGGAGCUCCAGAUUGCCAACUUGCUCAAUACCGAAAUUCAACGCCUUCGCCAACGGCGACAGCAGCCGCUGGAUGCCGCACAGAAUGGCCAGGGGCAAUUGCCCGUGCCACUGAACCAGCCAACCACCCUGUCUCCCGUAGGACUACCGCCCUUGCCCAUGGGGGUGCCUCCGGUUGGAGGCCUGCAAGUGUAUCCCUCUUCCCUGCCGCCGAGAAUGAGCAGCCCCUUGAUGACUCGGCACGGAGCUGGCCCAUUCACGACGGCAAUUCCUGCUGGCAGCCCCGAUUUGCCGGAAGGAUUAGUGUUGCCUCCAGGAUGGUCCUUGACGCCUCUGCAGAGACUGGACAAUGCUCCUGCCGGACCUCAUUUUCCACCUCAGACCGCUGGUGUGCCUCAACCAGGUGACACGACCGGGAGCCAGACCGCGACAUCGUCGGUACAGCCAACACCGACGGUGCCACACAGCCAAGAGUCGAUGCCGGCGGAUUCUUCGUCUAUGCCUGCUCCGGUAGCCCAACCCGCCGGAUCGCGAGCAGAUAUUUCCCCCAACCCUGGCCCUUCAUCGGACCCUCCGCCCGUGGUAUCGCCCAGCCCAAUGAUGCCAAACUGGGGCGGCUCCAACCAGCUUUUCGCUUCCACCUCUCGCCUUGAGCAAGGAGAUACGGCCAGCCAAGCAAGCACCCAGGCCGCUCCGGCGGCAACGGACGUCAUUGAACCCUCCCCACAGGAAGGCGGCAGCAGCAACAGUGCUCAUGACUCGUUGCCGGCGGUGGAUCAUCUCAGGCGGGAGCCGAGUAUCCUUGAGCUGGAGCAGAAUGAAGAGGGCCAGGCUGCUGCUGAGGAAGAAGGAAGGUCUGAUAAGGGAAAGGGUAGGGCUGUGACCAUGGAAGAGGCUGAGGAUGAGGAGAAUUGA